UGAUCACAUUUUUAAAGCUAAUUCAAAUUUAAAAAGUUGCACAACGCCGCCGCCGCCAAUCUCCGGUGGCGCUGUGCCUUCCCUUCCGCUAAUAUUCAUUCCAUUCCAUUUUUUUGUGUAAAUCUGUGAACACUAAAAAAUUUUUCUAGAGUGAUAAUUUAAUAGUUUUUAUUCAAUAGUUAGUUUUUAUCGCUUCCAAAAUGGAAGCUAGUGGUAGUAGCCGCUCUGCAGAAAAAAGGAGAGAGAAAUCUCAGAGAGAUUCGCGAGAUAAAAGUAAAAAUCGAUCUUUUUCACGAGAUGAGGUUAGGUCUCGGCGUGGUCGACAUUUUCAUGAAACGGAACGCUCGAAAAAAUCAAAAAGUGACAGACGCAUCAGGAGCCGUUCACCCAGAGAUCGUUCAAGAAAAAAUUAUUCAGAUUCCCGGAGAAGUUUUUCGCUUUCCAGUUCAGACAGUGAUUAUGCGCCUGAUGUUCGCGAACGCAGCCCGAGAGGCACGUCCGAACAUGGCCGCUUUGCUGAUCGCAGUCCGAGAGACUCGACAGACUCGAGAGAUGCUGAUUAUAGUUCUGAUAGUCCGAGUGACAAUAUAAGUAAAAAAGAUAAGUCAAAUUCUGAUUCGGAUAGCUCAAAUGAAGAUUUCGAUAGUCCAGGAGAUGUUCAAUUAAAUAAUGAAGUCCUAACCUUAUUGGGCGACGACCCAAAUGAAAACAAUGAUUCAAAAGGUAAUAUUCACAACGUUUUGAGAAAAAAUUGGUCCACUAUUCUUACGAAGGGUAUGACUAAAGAAUCAACCGAGGAAAUAUUAAAAAAGUACACUCCACCUAAAAAUUUUGUGACAUUAAAGCCGCCUGCUUUGAAUUCGGAAAUUAAGCGCACUAUGACAGAAAAGGCUCGAAAAAAGGACACUUUUCAAGUGAAAGCGCAAGAAAAAAUUGGAGCUGCGAUACAUGCUACUGGGUUAGCACUGUCUAAUAUAUUAAAUCAAGGAAAUAGCAUGGAUACGUCGGUGGUAUCAUACUUGAGUGAUGCAGCAAGAAUUUUAUCAGAUGCUCACUAUAAUAUUUCAAUUACAAGGCGUGCAUUUAUUACCCCUAACGUAAAUAGAUUAGUAGAGGACGUGACAGUUGAUGAGCCAGUUGGUUCAUUACUUUUUGGAGACAAGCUGUCAGAAAGAUUAAAAUCUGCGCGUGAGGUGGAAAAACAUAGUAAAUCAAUAAUAAAGUCAACUUCUUCUGGAAAAAAUAAUUAUAAUAGAUUUACUUACGAUAAAUCAUCAUAUAGAUUCCAACGCCCAUCUUAUAAAAAUGUUGAUCAAACUUUCCGAAAUUUAAACUUCAGAGGCCCAUCCGGAGGAACGAAGAGGACCUUCAAGAGUCGCCAGGAUGGGCAGAACAGGAAUCAAUACAAGAAUCAGAGAUCUCGAGGACGUCGAUAAAUAAAGAUUCAUCCGAUGGCAGAGAACCUUAUCCUGGUGGCCGGAAAGUUAUCUGGGAAGCGUUUUCUAGAAGAGGAAUUCCGGAGUCGGGAAUAGAGAUUAUGAUUGCCUCUCUAUCUGAGAACACAGUUAAGCAAUACGAAAA